AGAAAACAACACAUGACCAGGAAGUUGGUUUGUGGGAUUGGGAUAGCAGCUGCUGGCUUCAGAUGUUGCUACAGAGACAGGGAGGGGGGCUGAAUGUGAAAUUCCUUUCACAGAAGGCUUGGCAGUGAUCAGUUCUCAGUACGCAGAAGGAAGAGAAGAAACUCCUUCAAAGAUGCCUGGAUUUCUUCACUGCCUUCAUUUUAUUUUCCUGGUGGCUGCCAUCACUAUCGAAGCACAGCAGUAUAGAAAGCCAGUCGAUACCAGUAAUGAGAACGUGAAGAAAGCAGCUAACUUUGCAACCAGUAUUUACAACCAGCAGUCUGGGAACGAGUUUGCUUUUAAAGUGAUCAAAAUUGACUUGGCCAGCGUUGAGAUCUACCCUCCAAGCCGGGUUAAGUACAUAAUGACAGUUGACAUUGGAAAAACUCAUUGCAAGAAUGAAGACAGUCUGAAUAUGGACAGUUGUGUACUGCAGACCGACACAGAUGUAAAGAUAAUGAAAUGUCUUUUUGUGGUUCUGGCUGUUCCAAAUUCCAACAUGCCAAGCUACCUGUUGGACAGCAGCUGUAAUUAACUUCAGUGUAGGCACGUCGGAGCCUUCUUUGAUUCUGCCUGUUAUUUAAGUGGAUUCAUGUGGAGCAGCCAAAAGAAGAUGAUUGCUUUUUUUUCUUUCAUAAUUUACAACUGUAUUUGCAUGGGAGGACUGUAGCCGGAUUACCACAUUGUGUGGAUCAAGACACUCUAAAUCCGCUAUAAACCACACAAUGUGGCUUUACUCUGAAGUUUCAAAUAAAUAUUUUGUCAUUGUG